ACCUGCGCCGCUGGUGCUUCAAGGCCCCCGAUGAAAGUUGAACGCGGGUUUAGCAUUGCACACUUAUUGACGUUAUGGAAAUGUCGUUGUUGUCAUUAGGUUGUUCUACUUGUAUAUAAUGUGGACAAAAUGUUCACGUUGCAUUGUGCGUUUCAGCUGCUCUGGCACUUGAUUUGCAAUUUAAGCGCUGAACUUUGUUGCCACUUAGCUUAGCAAGAUAGCUAGCCUUUAUUUACCUCUGUUUCUCUAAAGCAGUUGGUGAUUUCAUAUAAUUGGAAUCGUGUCUGUUUACUACAAAAAAGAGUUCAACUGGUGCAAAAGUUUUCUCCAAAACGCAGACCCGGGACAAGAAACAUUUCAGAAGCAGUUGGUUGCUUGGGGUUUCAUCUAAUGGAUUAGUUGAAAUUGAAACAGAAACUCGACGUUUUGAGUUCUGGAGCAGCAGAUCGGAGGAAGAAGGAGAAAAAGAAACCUUGGCCACAACAUCUAACCUGUGAAGCUGGAGAUGGUCUGACUCUGGUAUGACUUGUCUCAGCUAGAAACAAAUAAGAUCAUUAAAGGAAAACGAGCUUACCUGCAACCAUGAUGAAGAGGAAUCUGGAUGCAUCAGAUGCACCAAAGUGGAAAAAGCCCAAACGAGAGGAAGCCAGCUCUGAUGAAGAUGACGAAUCAUCACAGAGAACCACAAGCCACGAUUCCAGUCAGAGCGAGUCUCUCAGUGAUGCUGAAGAUCAAAGACCCAGUUUCUCCAACCCAUCAGCAUCCCAAAAUGCCUCGAGCGGUGAAGCUUCGCAGAGCGCCGGCAACUUCUCCAUCUACAACAGCGUCUCACAAAAGCUCAUGGCCAAAAUGGGUUUUAAAGAAGGCGAGGGCUUGGGAAAGUUUGGUCAGGGACGGAAGGAGAUUGUGGAGGCGUCGACGCAGCGCGGGAGGAGAGGUCUCGGCCUUACGUUGGAGGGCUUCGAGGGAGAUCUGAACGUCGAAUGGAAGGAGGAAUCUGAGCCUAGCACUUCUGAAGAAGUGUCCUGGUUCCCGGAAUGUACUACAGAAAUGCCAGACUCUGAUGAGCUGAGAGACUGGAUGACUAUAGGCGAGAGGAAACUAAAGAUCGACGACGAGACCGAGUUGUGUUCCGAGGAGCUCCUACACAUGCUGCUGCGCUGCAAGAGUGUGUUCGAUGACCUAGAGGGUGAGGAAAUGAGGCGAGCUCGUACACGGUCCAACCCGUACGAAACGAUACGGGGAGCUUUCUUUCUCAACAGAGCUGCGAUGAAGAUGGCAAACAUGGAUCAUGUGUUUGACUAUAUGUUUACCAAUCCAAAGGACUCCCAAGGGAAGCCGCUAUUCCGUGACCGGGAGGGAGAGCUACUUUAUUUCGGAGAUGUGUGCGCCGGACCCGGAGGAUUUUCAGAGUACGUUCUAUGGCGGAAACGUUGGCAUGCGAAAGGCUUUGGCAUGACCUUAAAAGGAGCCAACGAUUUUAAAUUGGAGGACUUCUACUCCGCUCCCAGUGAACUCUUCGAACCGUACUAUGGUGAAGGUGGGAUUGACGGCGACGGCGACAUCACGCGUCCUGAGAACAUCAGUGCGUUUCGCAACUUUGUUCUGGAGAGCACCGAGAAGCGAGGCCUCCACUUCCUCAUGGCCGACGGAGGUUUUUCAGUCGAGGGACAGGAGAACCUGCAGGAGAUCCUGAGCAAACAGCUCCUCCUCUGUCAGAUCCUUACGGCUUUAUCCACCGUCCGAACAGGAGGCCACUUUGUAUGCAAGACGUUUGAUCUGUUCACACCAUUCAGCGUAGGUCUGAUCUAUCUGCUGUAUCUCUGCUUUGAGAGAGUGUCGCUCUUCAAACCGGUGACCAGCAGACCUGCAAACUCCGAGAGGUAUGUGGUGUGUAAGAGUCUGAAGCCAGGCUCUGAUGCAGUCAGGGAUUACCUAUUCAAGGUGAACCUAAAGCUGAAUCACCUCAGACUCUCGGAGAGGGACGUCACAGAAGUGGUGCCUCUGGAGAUCAUCAAAGGAGACACAGAUUUCUACCAGCACAUGAUCGAUUCCAAUGAGAGUCACUGUUCUGUGCAGAUCAAGGCUCUAGCUAAAAUCCAUGCCUAUGUCAGAGACACGACGCUGUCUGAGCCAAGACAAGCUGAUGUUCGCAAGGAGUGCCUCAGAGUAUGGGGGAUUCCCGAUCAAGUCAGAGUAGCUCCUUCUGCCUCUGACCCCAAAUCCAAGUUCUACGAGCUCAUAAACGGAUCAGAUGUCGACAACUUUAACUCGCGGCCCACAGCUCUCAAUCUCAAAACUCUGGAAAAACUGCAGCAUGUAUUAGACCACCGGUGCAUCGUUGGAGGGGGAGAACAGAUCUUUCUUCUGGGGCUUGGGAAAUCCCAGAUCUACACGUGGGAUGGCAAAUCCCCUGUGCGCUGGAGGAAGCUGGAGAACUUUAAACUGGAGUUACCCAGAGACACUCUGCUGAGUGUGGAGAUUGUGCAGGAGCUAAAGGGAGAGGGUAAAGCUCAGCGUAGGAUUAACGCCGUUCAUGUUUUGGAUGCUCUGGUUCUCAACGGCACUGAUGUAAGAGACCAGCACUUCAACCAGAGGAUUCAGAUGGCGGAAAAGUUUGUGAAAGCCGUGUCCAAACCCAGUCGUCCCGACAUGAAUCCUAUAAGAGUGAAGGAGGUGUACCGGUUGGAGGAGAUGGACAAGAUCUUCGUAAGAUUGGAGAUGAAGGUAACGAAGAGCUCAGGCGGAAUGCCACGACUGUCCUACACCGGCCGUGACGAUCGUCACUUCCUUCCCAGUGGCCUUUACAUCAUCAAAACAGUCAGAGAUCCAUGGACGAUGGCAUUCAGUAAGAGCUCGAAGAUGAAAUUUUUUUACAAUAAACAGACAAAACAGUCGACCUACGUCAUGGAUCCAGGAGCUAUAGCACCUUUUCAUGUGUGUCACCAGGAAAGGUUGUUUUGGGCCUGGGAAGAAGGGGUCAGAGUUCACGACUCGCAGAACCGCGUCGAUCCACAGAAACUCUCCAAGGACAACGUGCUGUCAUUUAUCCGGAAACACUGUCACCAGUGGGAGAGUCGCGACAACGUGUAAAGCCUGUCCUCACCAGCAGAGGGUGCUGGAGUUUGCAGAAGAGGAAGUGUACCACAUAAUUGGAUGCGUUUUUUUUUUUCUUUGCUCAAAUGAAUCUGACGAGUUGAAGCGUCAUUUAUUUGACCUGUGAGAUAUUUACAUGGAAUAUAAAAUUAUGCAGCGCUUCGGCUUCCUAGACCACAUAGAUUAAUCCAUAGUUCCCAGUAAUAGAGUGCAUGGAUAGGAUUAUUACAUACAUACGCAAGACUGAUUCAUUUCCUCUUCUGGUCGCUUUUGUGCCACAGUCUGUCCCCCCACUCCCUCUUUUUUUAGGUUUGGUUUGCUUGUAAAUCUUGUUUGAAUGAAUCAGGCAUGUUUUAUUUUAUGGCCUUCAUUCGAGCUUGUUAGAAACCUUGAUUAUAAUGUAAAAAAAAAAAAAUCCAACUCCUGAAAUAUUUUCUUCCUCUAUUAAAAAAAAAAAAAAAAGAAAAAGGUCUGUGUCCUUGACUUAGGUGGCAGUCUGGAUGAAUCAAAUGAUGCUUUUUAUCUACUGCUAUCUUUCUGUUUGUGCAGUUUACCUGUUAUGUUUACUGGUUCAUAAGGGAUAUCUUUCAGAUUAACUUUUUAGCUUGUCAAGGCUUUCACAGACGUCUGCUAUGCAGUUCCAUACGUUAUCUUGGGUUGAAGUGUGUAAGUUCAAGUACACACAAUAUCUGGGAAGUUUUUCCCUUUUGGGAAGGAAAAAAAAGCUGUGGAACCCCAGGUUCAGAGAGGCUAGAAAUCCUUAAACCUGUAUCAAGCUGCACUGUGCCACCAUGUUCGGCUUCCUGUUAAACUCCGAAUGGAGAACAAAUACAAACUAAGCUGACUGAAAGUCACAGAAUCCUAUUUUGGCGCUGAGAGUGUUUUGGGUGUGACCUGAGUGCUAAUAGUAACCUACAGUUGCAGGUGAUGAAUAAAACAUGCUGGUGUUUCUCUGGACAACUGGCAACUCAAUAAGGAAAAGGUGUUUACAUGCAGAUUGAGGAGAUGCACAUAUAAUUACACCUGUAUUAUAUUUUAGAAUGAAGCUGUUUUAAUUUCAUACUGUAAAAUGUUGUUUUCCCCCCUUUAAAUCAGAGUCUGUUAUCAGAGUCUGUUAUCAGAGUCAUUAGUUUUACACCUAAAAAUAAUAUCUGAGACAGAUUUGUAGUGUCAUUAUUAAGAAAUUCCUUCAGAUCUGAUAUAAAAUGGCAUCCAAAACACUUUCACACAUUCAAGUUUACCCAAAAGCCUCGCCACCUAGUACUUGUGCCUGAUUCUUGAGCAACUGAAUACUGAAGUCCUAAGAGGCCAUGCAUUAUAAUAUAUUUUUGUGAUCACGAUCUUCACUUAACAAGCAGUAGUUCAUUGUGAUCAGUACAAACGCUGCCAAAAAUGGUUGUUAUUAUCCACGAUUCUGCAUCUAGAACAUGCUUUUAAGCCGAAUAUCAUGAGAAAAUAAAGUUAUGUUAAUGAGGAAA